UCCCUCCCUCUCUCUCUGUCAGUGUCAUUCUGUAGUGGAGAUGUGGAGUGUCUUUCUGUCUCUCUGUCUGUUUUUCCAGCCCAACUCAGCUGAGGAAGUGAUGCUGCUGGACUCAACAGAAUCUACCUCGGAGCUGGGCUGGACCACCUAUCCAGACACAGGGUGGGAUGAGGUCAGCGUCCUGGACGACCGGGGGAAGCUCAUGCGCGCCUUUGAGGUCUGCAAUGUCAACCAGAACCGUCAGCAGGACAACUGGCUGGCCACGCCGUUCCUCUACCGCCACUCGGCUCCGCGAGUGUUCGUCACGCUGCGUUUCUCGGUGCGUGACUGCGCCAGCCUGCGUUCGCCGUCGCCCACCUGUCGGGAGACACUCACCCUGUUCUACAAACAGGCUGACUCCCAGAGAGAGUUGGAAAGGACCUGGGUAGCUGAGCCAUCGAGCGGGGAGAAGGAGACCAGGGAGGGCUGGGUGAAGAUCGACACCAUCGCGGCUGACAAGAGCUUCUCUAAGGUGGAGCCCAGCUCACCCCACCAGUACCAGCCCAACAGAUACAGCCGCAUCAACAUCAAGACGCGCAGCUUUGCCCCGCUCACACGCAGCGGAUUUGUUCUGGCCAUUGUCGACAGUGGAGCUUGUGUUUCCCUCAUGGGGGUGUCUAUCUUCUACCGUCGCUGUCCGGCCACCAGCCUCUACUUGGCGUCCUACCCGGCAACUCCCUCGGGGGCAGAGCCGACGGCCUUGGUGCCAGUGAGCGGGACAUGUGUCCCCAACAGUAAAGCGCAGGGGGGCGCCCCCCCUCGCAUGCACUGCAACGCCGAAGGAGAGUGGAUGGUGCCUGUGGGAGGAUGUGUCUGCGACGAAGGCUACGAGCCGAAUCUCAACGGGUCUGCCUGCUUGGCCUGUCCUGUGGGCUACUUCAAGUCCGUUUCGGGCUCUGUUCCCUGCUCAGUGUGUCCGCCCAACAGCAGAACCAGCCAGGAGGGAUCAAAAGUGUGUGAAUGUCGCAGCAGCUUUUACCGGUCUGCCAACGAUGCCAACUCUUCUGCCUGCACAACUCCUCCAUCUGCUCCAGUCUCUCUGUCCUGGGAGUAUGAGAGUGGCGACGGUGGCGUGUCCUUAAGGUGGCGCCCUCCGGUGGACAUGGGAGGCCGUACUGAAGUGUGGUAUGGAGUGGUGUGUCGCAUCUGCCCCUCGGCCACCUUCACCAACCCGGCCUCGUGCUCCUGGUGUGGGGAGGGCGUCACGUUUAGCCCCUCCCAGACCAACCUGAAACAAACCAAGGUCACCCUCAAUAACCUGCUGACCAGAGUCACUUAUCUCAUACAGGUGCAAGCCAUGAAUGAGGUGUCAGCUUUGAGCCCCUUUCCUGCUCGAUACACAAGCAUCAAUUUCACUACAAGCCAGUCAGUUCCCAGCACAGUCCCCAUGAUGCACCAGCUGAGCCGAGCCCCCGACUCCAUCACUCUGUCCUGGCCUCAGCCCGACCGGCCCAACGGAGACAUCGUGGAGUACCAGCUCAGAUACUAUGACAAGGGCUCAGAUGUGGACAGUGCACUGAGUGUGUACAGUGAAACCAACACGGUGACAGUCAACUCCCUGAUUCCCGGCUCCAUCUACGCCUUCCAGAUCAGAGCUCGAAAUGAACGAGGCUUCGGCCCUUACAGCAACACCAUCUACUUCACCACGCUGCCACUGGAGGAGCAUUCGCAGCAGAUCCACAACCGACUUCCUCUGCUGGUGGGGUCGGUGAUGGGUGGGGCGGCGUUUCUCCUUGUUGUGGCAGCGAUCGUGGUGGUGGUGGUAUUUCGCAGUAAGAGGAGGGAGAGUCCGUACAGCGACAGACUCCAGAGGUACAUCAGUAACAGAGGUGGAGUGAAGUACUAUGUGGACCCAUCCACUUAUGAGGACCCCAGUGAAGCUGUCAAAGAAUUUGCCCGUGAGAUCGAUCCUACUCACCUCAAGAUUGAGGAGGUGAUUGGUGCAGCCCAGUUCGGUGAGGUUUCUCGUGGCCGUUACCGCCCCCUGGGCCGCAGAGAAGUGCUGGUAGCCGUGAAGACUCUACGCUGGGGGGCGUCGGAAAGAGAGAGGGGGAUGUUCCUCAGUGAAGCAGGGGUCCUGGGGCAGUUCGAUCAUCCCAAUGUGCUGAAGCUAGAAGGUGUCGUCACCCGCACCCCGCCAGAGAGGAUCGUCACUGAGUUCAUGGAGAACGGGCCUCUGGAUGCCUUCCUCAGGGAGAACGAAGGCCAGUUCAGUAUCCUCCAGCUCGUUGGAAUGCUCAGAGGAGUUGGUGCCGGGAUGCGUUAUCUAUCGGAGAGAAACUUCGUCCACCGAGACCUGGCAGCCAGAAACGUGCUGGUCAACUCCAACCUGGUCUGCAAAGUGUCCGACUUCGGCCUCUCCAGACUCAUGAGGGGCCUGGACCACAACAUACCUACAUACACCGCCUCACUGGGCAGUAAGAUUCCUGUGAGGUGGACGGCACCGGAAGCUUUCCAACACCGCAAGUUCAGCUCAGCUAGUGAUGUGUGGAGCUUUGGCAUACUCAUGUGGGAAGUGAUGUCGUACGGGGAACGUCCAUACUGGGACAUGAGCAACCAGGAAGUGAUGAAGGCAGUAGCGGAUCAGUAUCGUCUCCCUGCCCCCCACAACUGCCCCUCUGCCCUCCACUCUCUCAUGCUCCAGUGCUGGCAGGCCGAUCGAGGGGACCGGCCAGGCUUCGACACACUCCUGUCCUCUUUGGAUCGGCUCAUCAGACACCCUGCCUCCCUCAAGGCCGAGCCAGCGCGAAGCUGCUCCCAGCCACUGCUCAGCCCCACCCCGACAGACUUAUCGGCGGUGGCGACAGUCAGCGACUGGCUGAAGGCGCUACGGAUGGAGAGAUAUCAGGAUGAGUUUGAACAAGCGCAACUAGACACGUUAGACAGAGUCAGCAUGCUAACCAUGGAAGACGUCCAAAACCUCGGAGUGAACCUGCUGGGACACCAGAGGAAGAUUGCCACCGCUGCUCAGCAGCUGAGGGCCUAUCUGACGCAGGGUCAGGUGGAGGUCUGAACUCUACCAGCAGUUCAACCCGUGCUAUGGAUUUCCAGGAUUUUCACAUUCCUCCGCUCGUUGCGUCUGGUUUCCGCAACACAUAAUUGUGAUGGAGCACAUUUCAAGCCAAAACUAAAUCAGCAAACUGGACUUUUUCCUCGCCAGUCCCUUGGGACAAGCAACAAAAGAGGGAUGCACUAUGUGAGCUGCAGUUUAGAUCACCUUGAGGUCAGGAAGUUGCUGGGGACUUUAAAGAUUCCUUUGCAUUUCGUCACUCUAUUUCACUUUACUGUAGUCUCCCUUCUUCAUUCGUUACCCAUCUGCAGUCCUUGCUCCCACCUCGUCUUCCACCUCUCUUCUUCUCGGCAGAUUUUUAAUUUCACAUCAUCAUUGAGUACAUUAAAUAUGUUUUUUGAUCUUUCAUUAAGAUAUUUAUGGAGAACACUCCUCACAAAGAAUUGCGAAAAGACAAUCAAAACCCUUUUCUAAUACUUCUCAUUUCUAUGUAAAUGUAUGACACUUGCUCUAUAUUUAAUAUGCCAAAUGCUGGAAAGCAUAUUGGAAUAACUUGCAGCAAAUGGCAACCCACUGAGGUCUUACCAUUAGCUUUCAGAUAAAGCACCAAUCCAAAGUCAGUGCUGCAAACCCUGAGGUUAGAUGUCACUCACUGCCAUUAAACUGGGAAAACAAAACCUGGAUGACACAUUGCUUUUAACAACAGAAGGCUCCUGUUAUUUCCCCUUCAAAGAGACAUAUCCAGGGUCUGAGAGCAGCCCGGUUUGUACGACCCACUCUCACGGCAAAGCUUCUCAGUGACCGCAGAGCUAACAUGCUGUAAAACGUUACGAACCUCACCUCUGCUGCAAACGCGACGACGACGGAGCCGAACAGCACUCACCUUUAUGUGUACAUCUCACACUUCACCUCUUUUUGUUUAAAUGCUAGACACUGAGUCAUUGGAGCGUUGUGAAUGUGUGAAAUUGGAAAGAUCUGAUCUGAUUUACACUUGAAGGAGGGAAGCGAAAUGCUUUGUAAGUAUGUACCCAUGUGACUGUAACAUGUGUGUGACUGCGUGCGUGCGUGUGUGUGUGUUUGAGACAGGUGUGUCAGGCUACACACAAUACUAGCUGUUACUUGUAUGAGUGUUCACCACGAUUCUGUAAUUGUGCAAAUUUGUAAAAUAAAUAUGAUUUUAUUUAACAAAAA